AAAAUAAAAAUAAAAAUCACAACUCGAGCAUAUCUUCUCCCAUGUGGCUGUAAUUCCCGGGAAAAUCAGAUGGACCGUUCGUUGUCCGCAGUGCACCGUUCUUUCGCAAAACUCUUCGAGCAAUAAAUCUUGCAUUUGUCUGUAUCAUGAAACCCUCUUCUCCAUUGUUCUCCAAACCCGCCAAAUCAGCUUUCAUCAGAAGCUUCAGAUGGACUCCAAACGCGAAAAGGCCGUACAAUUUCCGGCUUUCUGGUGUCAAAUUUCCAGCGACCAUAAUCACCGGCCGGAGACCUAAGAUUGCCCCAACGACGCUGUGGGCUGCGUAUGCCGCCUCCUCCUCAGCAUCACCGGUGAUUGAAUCGGAUAUGGGGCGUGUUGUGUCUUCUAACUCGCCACAGCCGGCAGGGAAGUUGGAAGCCAUAGAGGAAGGCAUAGAGAAGGUUGUUUAUCGGUGCCGGUUCUUGACGCUUCUUGCAGUUUGGGGUUCUUUGCUCGCUUCUUUUUUAUGCUUUAUCAAGGGUUGCACUUUUGUUGUGUCGGCUUUCAUGGACUAUUUUGUGAACCGUGGGAAGGUUAUUAUGUUGCUGGUGGAGGCCAUUGAUGUCUAUCUUUUAGGAACAGUGAUGCUGGUGUUUGGAAUGGGUCUAUAUGAGCUCUUUGUUAGCAAUCUUGAUAUUGUAAAAUCUCUUUCGGAGGAAAAUUUUCCACAGAGAUCGAGUUUAUUUGGUUUAUUUGCUUUAAAGGAACGGCCACAGUGGUUGGAAAUAAAAUCUGUUAACGAGCUGAAAACUAAGCUUGGACAUGUAAUAGUGAUGCUUCUUCUAAUUGGGUUUUUGGACAAGAGUAAGAAGGCAGUAAUUCACUCUCCUGUGGAUUUGCUUUGCUUCUCAGCUUCAAUACUUCUUUCAUCAGGUUGCCUAUAUCUACUGUCAAAGCUAGCCGACCCAAAAUGAAAAUUUCUUAUCCAUUGUAAGGCAGCAUUUUAAAAUCAUUUCUUCGAGAAAUGCAUUGUCUGUGUAUAUAUGUAAAGGAAAAUGCUGCCCUUUGCGGAUGUAUUGUAUGAAGUAACAAUUGGUAUAUAAUAUAGUUGCUGCCCUUUGCGGUUGUAUUGUAUGAUGAAGUAAGAGUUGAUGAUGCAAUUUAGUUGUAUCCUUUAAACACCUUUUUUGUUUUCUCAGUUUGAGUUGGAUUGGGGGUCCCUUAGCAGGUUGGAUCAGUAACUUAAGUUCUGCCAAGUGAAAGCAUUAUUAUGCAA